AUGGCUCAAGGAAUCUUCAACUCCACCUACUACGGCAAGGAUUACCAGGCUGGCGCCGCCCUGCUGCGCGCCCGCCGUCCGUACCUCGUCAAGAACGCUGUCACUGGCUUCGGACUGUUCACGUUCACAAUUGCUGUUUACACCUACACCCUCAAGGCCGUCGGCCAAGAAGAGUUCUCCGAUGUGAAGGUUCCCGAUGCCCCGGCAAACAAGAAAUAA